AUGAAGAAAGAAUGGGCUGAGCUUAUUUCAGACCCUAUUAUCUUUAACGAAAAAACUCAACGAGUCUUUGAACAUACUAACUUACCUGUGGUGAAAGACGAGCUCUCAGUGACAUUGCGUCUAAAACUUCAAAGCCAUGCUCCCCAUUGGGCUGUUGUAUUUCACAAAGGUACCGAAUGGUUAAUCCGUACGCCUAGGCUCGUGUUGAAACCAGAUAAAUCCUCAUUGCACGCUCGCUUCUUUGGAAAAUUAAAGAAUAAUUUAGGAAUCGAAGAGCUCGGCGACGGACUUUUGUUAGAUAGAUGGUAUCAUCUAGCAUAUACGCUUUCUGAUUCCGAAAAGAGAUUAGACAUCUACAUUGAUGGUGAAUGGGUCGGAUUCUAUGGUAUUCAGGAUGUUAAAUCGGAAAAAGUGAUUUUCAAUGACGGACCACUCUAUAUCGGACGUGCAUUAAGCCACUAUAGUUUUAUUGGCAAAGUUAGCAAUGUUCGCUAUUUCAAUUGGCGUUUAUGUGCACAAGAAAACAAACUAAUUGUAAAUGGUUCGAAGGUUGCCCUUGUUCAUGUUUCUACUGAUAAAUAUUUGUCUACUAAUGGAAUUAAAUAUGACUUGGGUCCCAAAAAUAAGCAAUAUAUGAUUGUUGGUAAUAAACGGGAAUUAGAUUUGAAAAAUGAUAUUUGGACUGUUAUUGGACCCUAUGGUAAAA